AUGAAGUGUGGACAGUGCAAGCUCGAGAAGCUUUCUAAGGAGUUUCCAUAUACAACAGUCACGGAACGUUGCCAACAUAUAUCCACUUUAUGUUUACGGUGUUUGAUAGCUCAACUUAAAGAACAACCUAACAAACAACAACCAAAGUGUCCGGAAUGUCCGCAAAUUUUAAAUACUCAAGAAUGGAAAGCACUUAAUUUAGCAUGGGAAAAAGCACCCUUUAAAAUCGAUGUGGACAGCGUUGGAAGAGUUCAACAAUUAACACCUGUUGACGUUACUUCUACUACUGGAGAAUUUUAUAUUGUAAUGUUGAAUGGGCAGAAAGUGACUAUGUUACUGGAAGAAAAUAAAACCGUCAUUGCUCUAAGAGCGAACAUAUUCAAGAAGCUUAAUGUUAAUCAAGCCAAGCAAAAGUUGAUAUAUAAUAAUGAGGAGUUACAGGAUACAUGCCAAAAUCGCGGAGCAAACCUAUCGGAUUAUAAAAUUGGCGUAGGAAGCCACAUUCAACUAAUUGUUGUACUUUACAAUAUUACAAGGGCAGAAUCCAUUAAGAAUUUAACAUUUGAUUUAUAUUGGGGGUAUCCAGCUAAUGGAGCGCAAGAUUACCUUGAUGGAAGUUGCUUGCUAUAUGCGGGUGAUACAUUUUGGAGGAAAUAUGAUUAUGCAUCUGUUUAUUACCCUUCUUUCCCUCACAUGAAACAUUCUGGAGAUGAGAUGGAUCAUGCCAAUAAGCGAGGACACCAACGUAUUGUAGCUAAACUUGAUCAACUUCCACCUGAAGUUACACAACUUUACUUUGUUCUUAGUUCAUGGAAGUCACCUACGAUUGGUCAUUUUCGUACUCCAACCUUUAGAUUAUAUGAUGAAUCGCAACCGGACAAAGAAUUAUGUACCUAUACCAUUCAACAAGCUGCUAAUUCUCAAGCAGUCAUUAUGUGUUGUGUAUCAAGGGCUGGUCAAGGGAUGUGGCAAGUUAUUCAAAUUGGACGGUUAUCAGCAGGAAAUGCUAACGAUUAUGACCCCAUCGAAAUUAGCAUCG